AUGGGGGCUCCCUCGCACCCCUCCCAGCUGCUGCUCCUCCUGGGGGUCUUCCUCCUCGUCCUCCUCCUCCACCUCUCCAGCUGGAGCCUCCGUCAGCCGGGCGUUGGGCGGGGAGGGGAGUUGCGCGGGGUCCAAAGUGCCCAGCCUGCAGCUCGCCUUCCCUGCACCCUGGCACCCUGUGCCUGGGAGGGGCACCGGCCCAAGGAGGGAGAGGGAGAGGAGCAGCCCAGCCCUGCGCCUGCCCCCGCUGGGACCCCGACAGCCCCCCUUCCUCUCUGGGGCGAAGAAGACUUCGACAUCCGGCAGCUGCAGAGGGCCUUCUCGGCCAGCCUCUCCCCCCAGGGAGAAAUCCUCCUGGGAGAAUACCUCCACGGCUGGGGGCAGCUGCUCAAGUUGACGGACGCGCUGGGCCCGGCCUUUGGGCUGAUCUCCCGGGAGGCCCAGUCCAAGAUCAGCAUCAUGCAGUGGCACCAGCAGGGACCCCAGGGACCCCACUACCGCACCGUGCAGUCCAUGGUGGACUUCGAGCUGACCUCGGGCUUGGUGGGCUUCCGGUCCUUGCCGGCCCGCCUGCCUCCCUCGGGCUGCCGGACGCUGCUGCGCCUCCACCGCACCCUGAAGUGGCUGGAGCUUUUUCUGCGGAGGCUGGGCGCCAGCCGGGAAGACGAGAGCCCCUCCCGGAUGUGUGCGGAGGCCUACCGGCUGGCCCUGGCCCCCUACCACAGCUGGUGGGUACGGCAGGGGGCUGCCCUGGCCUUCCUGGCUCUGCCCUCCCGCCGGGAGCUGUACCACACCAUCCUGCGGGUGGAGCAGCUGGCGGCCGGGGCCCUCGUCCUGACUACGGUGGAGAGCCUGGGACGGGUGUACAACGUCACCCAGGAGGUCUACUCCGCCCAUGGGAUGCUGGACCUGCCCUAA